AUGGAUGCGGGCGACACGCCGGAAGGCUGCGUUUCACCUGGCGAAUUCAUCCACCGGGCUCAAGCCCUCCUGGAGGAAAGCUUAUGUUUGCGCCUUCGGUUACAGUCUCUGCUCAUCAACUCCAGCACCGUGCCCGCAUCUCUAGCAGCGCCGGCCCCAACUUUGGCCCCCUUAUCAGCGCCGGAAAAUAAGCACCAGCUGCUACCACCGGAAGUUGUAUCCCCCGCUCAUCAGCGCCUGGCGCCUAAGUUGUUGGGCUCCAACUUGUCGACACCCACCAAAUCCACGCCGACUGCAGCGGCCAGUCAGGCGCUUUCUGCCCCUAACAGCCGUGUCACCAUCGAGGGACGCCACCUAGACAGCGAUGGCGACACCGCCGGCGCUGAAGUACAGCCAACAUGUCCUUCAGGAAGCGCGACCCGACCAAACGAGGAGGACCGCCAGCAAAGACGGGAUCAGGCGGGUGCCCCGGCAGGGGAUAGUCCUUGCUCGGCGGCGACGACAUCAUCUCUGCAGCUGCCAUCGCCGUCCUCACCGUGUUUGCGGCGACGACCGCAACCCAUGACCAGCUCGCCAGAUUUCCUCAGUGCAGCUACGGCCGCGGCGGCCGUCGCGAUGCUUGCAGCAGAGGAAUCCCGCUUGCAGCAGCUGGGUUCCGGCGGCGAAUCUGAAUCCGAGUCGGAACAUCAACCGGAGACGGUAGGCGAAGAGCUCAGCCUCCCCGAUGGCAAGGGGAAGGGCUCCCUGGUGGGAAAAGGAAGCUGUAGCCGGAACAAUUAUGGAAGCGGCGAGCCUGAAUCGCCUGAGGAGGCAGCAGCAGAGGGCCGUCCUGGGGAUGGUGUGGGGCGUCAGCGCGACGACGACGGCGCGUUGGAGGUCCAGUCAGCUCGACUGCGUGUUGAGGCGUCCGUCAAGGCGCGGGCGGCGCUGGAGGCGUCUCUACGUGGCGAGCGCGCUACCGCGGCUAAGCUAGCUUCGGAUGUGAAGGCUUUAAUUGCAGCCGCCGAUGCGUUGCGAGCUAAGAUCAAAACCCCUGCCGCGUCGCCGCCACAGCCAUUGCUGUCGGCAUGUGACGGGGCUUCAGUGAGGGACGGAGCCGGGGGACACUGCAAUCCGAAGGGACCGGAAGAGGGGCUGCCGGCAUAUGGCAGCGGGAAUUCAGAAAAGCCGCAGCCGGCACCAACGGCAGUGUCGGCGGCAGGGGCAGCUGUGGCGGCGGCGACAGGAGAUGGGCACUCAGUAUACUGCGAAGCGUCCUGGGGCAGCAGCAGCACUCAUUCGCCGCUGUCGUCUGGAGCGCAUUCCAGGUCAACGUCGCCGCCCUCGGGGACUGGUGGCAACCGCAACACCGCAGCAUCGAGCCCAGCUGGAGCAUCUACUGGCAGUCGCCGUCCGGCGCCGCCGCCGCCGCCACCGCCAGGCCCGCCACCACCACCGCUUGCUCCGACCCUAAGGGGAUUGCCGUCCGCGCAGAUUCUACCGCCGCAACCGCUGUUGGUGAUGCGUCCAGCCCAAGGUGGCGCGUCGACAGCACCACCACCGCCGCCGCCAGGUCCGCCGCCGCCGCCGCCGCGAGCUGUCGGUCCGGCUAAGCCCAGUCCAGCGAAGGCGGCACCACCGCCGCCACCGCCGCCAGGCCCACCACCGCCGCCGGUCACUGCCUUGCACAUUGUCAAGGCGUCUCCGGCAAAGGCAUCGGUACCGCCUGGGCUCAAACUUCCACAGCCAGAUCCAUCGCAGCCGCCGCCACCACAAGCCACGGGCCUUUCCAGGGUGAUUCCACAAUCGAAGAUGGCCGCGGCGCCACCGCCGCCUCCAGGGCCCCCACCGCCUCCGCCACCGCCGCCGGCUAUCAGCCCCGCUAAGCAAAUUGCUGCCAAGGCCCCGCCACCGCCGCCGCCGCCAGGCCCGCCGCCACCGCCACCAACUUUAGGACUCCCCAAGACUACACCCUCGAAGGCGGCCCCGCCACCGCCGGGCCCACCGCCACCGCCGGUGGUGGCGCCAACCAAGCCAACUGCAGCAAAGCCUCCUCCCCCGCCACCAGGCCCACCACCGCCGCGUCCAGUUCUUGGGUACCCUAGCCCGGCGAAGGCUAAGGGGCCACCGCCACCGCCCGGACCUCCACCGCCGCCUUCGUCCACCGGUGCAGGCUUCGCUGCUGCCAAGGUGACCCCGCCGCCGCCGCCAGGUCCGCCGCCACCGCCAAGGCAGCUACAUGGCAAGCCAGGCUCGUUGCCGGCGCCGCACUUGGGCUUGGCGCCCAUCGUCACACGUGCUGGCGCAUCUGCCGCCGCCUGUAACACUGGUUCACAUAACACUCUUGAGGCUCGUGGCGGUGGUAAUUCCGUCGGGAGUACUCCAGGGGCCCCGCCAAGUGAACUCGGCCACCCCUCCAGCUGUGCGACACCCGUGUCCGAAACCCCCGCGGCCGGUGGCGGAUGUGGCGGCGCCGCGGCCGCCGCUACGCCGCGUGCCUUGGUGUCCCUGGAGCGCAAGGUCCUCCACUGGGAGGCGAUUCCUCCCUCCGCAAAGAUGGUACUGGCACCCACGCUAUGGGCUAGUCCAGUGGUGCAGGGUAUCAACCCUCGCGCAGUGGCUAGCGGUGCGGAGAAGUUGGCCAUGUUUGCGCGACCAGCCUCCCUGGGAAGCAGUUUCAAGCUAUCGAGAAAUACAGACGGCAAGGCAUGCCUUCUCGACCCGAGCACCGCCCAGAACAUCCUGAUCAAAUUCGCCAAGGCGGCCCUCACCCCCGAGCAGCUGGGCUCAGCACUGGAGAGGAUGGAUCAUGGAAUGCUGUCCGCGACCAUUGUGCUGCAGUGUUUGGGUGGUUACCCGAAGCCGGAGGAUGCGGAACGAGUGCUGGCGUGGUGCCAGAGUAACGAUCCUGCAGGCCUGGGUCCGGCGGAGCGCUUUGUGCAUGUGUUGGCGUCAGUACCGCAUGCCAGGCUUCGGCUGGAGAUGCUCAAACUCAGGCAUCACUUCGACGAGGACCUGGCCAAGAAGACCCGCCUGGCUGCCACCGAGCUUCUUUCCCUGGGCAAUGAGGUGAACCGGCACCGCGGCAACCCCGCCGCUGCUGGUUUCAAGAUGUCUUCCCUCAACAAGUUUGCUGAGAUGCGCACCUGGGAUAACCAGUGGUCACUGCUGGAGAUUGCGGUGGAGUCCAUGCUCAUGCUCCCAGGGGGUCGUCGGCGUCUCAGUGAUUUGACAUCCUUGGAGGAGAAAAUGGCAGCAGCGGCAGCGGUAGAUCUCAAGGUCCUGUCCCACGAUGUGGCGGAGAUGGACGAGAAGGGCAUCAGUCGGGUGGCCAAAUUCCUGGACUGCCUGAAGGAGCAAGUGCAGACUGACCAGCAGAAGCAGCGACAGCAAGGGGUGGAGAAUGCGGGCGGUGCCACUGCUGCCGCCACUGCCUCCGUCGCGCUUCCGCCGCAGCCCCAACCAAUGCGUCCUUCCGCUGCGGUGGCUGCUGCGCCGGCGGCCCAGCGGGCCGUCAGCUUAGCGGAUUUGUUACGAGAGUGGACGGCGCUGUUAAGCAGGUGGCAAUCCGAGUAUAGAGCCCUGGCGGAGGGGGUGCGCAGUGCGCUGGCGGCAGUACGGGAGGCCGCCGUAUUGCACGGCGAGCUGCGCGCUACGGCGACGGCCCUAGAGGCCGCUGCGGCUGCGGACCUGCGGGUCGCGGCGGGCGCACCGCGAGACGUCCGCGAAUGGCCGUUCGCGAAUGCGCGGGCCUUCUUCGACAACUUGAAAUGCUUUUUUGGCAACCUCAAGCAAGCGGUGCUGCGGAUCCGUAACCUGAUGCAGCGCCACCAGCAGGUCCUGAUCGAGGCGGCCAGGCGGAUUGUGGAGGCAGCAGCCAUGAGCACCUCCACUGCCGGUGCCAACGACCUUCCCGCCGCCGUCAGCGCUCCGCUCACCCUCACCACCGCAUCCGCCAGCCCACUCAGCACAACAGGGCCCCUCCGCCAUCACCACCACCACCGCCUCCGCCAUUCGUCAGCGCUCUCGCCAACUCAGGCUCAUCCUACGACAAUAUCGGCAGCGCCGUCGCCAUCGUCACCGCGGCCGCUGACGUGGCCGCCGUCAGCCCACACGCCGGGUGAGGUGUCGUCGCUGGGUUCGACGUCCGGUGAUGCUACAGCGCAGUCGAAUUUGGGCGAACAGUCAUUGUGCACUGAACAUCGCCUGCCGGGGGCCGGCGCUAGGUACGCCAGCAGCGGCGGCGCGGUUGGCAAGGGCCCCAUUAGCAGCCUCCGGCAGGCCGCCUCCGAGGCCCAUGUGCGUGGUGACGGGGCCCCCGAUGAGCUUCGCCAGCACCACAAUCACCAUCAUGACCCUGUGCUAGCUCACGCGCAAGCUGUGCCGCAAGCCCAUUACAGCCAGCAGAGCAGGCUGGGCCGCAGCGCCUCUGCACGUAUGGCGGUAACGAGGUACGACUGCGGUAGUGAUAGCGAUAGCAAUAGUAAUAGCGACGAUACCGGCGAUGAGGUCACCUCGAAAGGGCCGCCGCCGCUGCUAGCAGCGGCGGCGUCGACAGAUGGUAGUUCCGCCAGUGUAUCGAGUUGUACGUGCAGCACCGGGUCAAACAGCGUAGCGUUAAGCGCCCACGUGCCGUUCUUGGAGCUGACGGCUACUCCAUCGGCUUGUGGCCCAGCCGGCACUGCCGCUGCCGCUGCGGCGGAAGCAGCAGUUGCCGCCGGCGGUUACCGCAGCGGAUCUGCUGGUAGAGCCGUCGGCCGCGUCCGCCGGCGACGGCCGCGAGAUCUGGGCCCAGCCCUGGAGCGCUCCGCGGAUGCCCAAGCCAACGACGUUCAAGGCCACCGCGCCAGACACGGGUACGGCAGCGCCGACGGCGCUGACGCAGUCUACGGUCUUCGACAUGCGCUGGCUGUCAAUCGCCGCCGCAGUCUGGGUUCUGCUUGGCCAGCGGCGCCGUCAACCGCAUCGACGGCGAUGGUGUACGCGCCGCCGCCGCCGCCGCCGGCGUUGUCUACAGGGGCCUUGUCGGGGGAGCCGUCGCUGGCGGCGAUGGCGGAGUCGGAUCAGCACCAGGACCAUCCAAUAUCAACGCCUCUCAUAGAGCACUUCAGUAAUAACGAGAGCGGCGAAGAGAUAUCACAGCAACGGGCCGUUGUAGAGAGCAGUGAAAAGGAUAUGGUGGAAGGCAGCAGCGGCGUAGGCGGCAGUGGCAGCAGAAAUUGUAGCGACGGCGAUAGUGUGACGCCGUCACCAUCAUCAUCUUCUUCGGUAUCUUCGGAACCGGUGUCGCCGCCGCAGCCGCGGCAGUUACCGCAGCGACCGCCACAUGUCCCGCAGGACUCCGUUGCAGCGCGCCGCGGGUGUCGCCUUCAUGCAACGCCUGACGCAGGGCUUCAGUCCGCGGAUGGCCCUAAUUUAGACAAAAGGAGUGAGGAGGAGGAGCAGCGGGGGGAUGGGGCGGUGGCUGCGGACGACGUGGACGAGGACACGGAAAAAGGGGAAGGAGGAGGGGGAAUGUCGGAGGAGGGAGAGAGGGCAGCACACGAGGAGGAGGAGGCGGAGGAGGAAGAGGACAAUGCCGUCGUUCAGCUGCCGCCCACGCUGGUGCUCGAUGCUGACCUGUUGUUUCAGUUGCCGCUCCGGAUAAGGCGGAAGGCUGCAGGACGGCUUCGGAGGUCGCUCUUGCUGCCGUCAUCCCUGUCGGCGGGUUACGACGACAGCAAGAACGAUGACAACGACGACGCCGGUGGUGGUGGUGACGGUGGCAACGCACGGAUCCGUCCUUCCGCCACCGUUGCCAUGCAGGCCCCUGGUAGCGACGCGUCCGCUACCAGCGGCACCGAUAGCCGUACAGAAGCUGCCGCUGCCGCUGCCGCCAGGACGACAAUAACGGGCGUCACAGCAGAAGUCACCAUGCUCCUCGGCGACAGCAGUGCCGACAGCGGGGCCGUUAGUCCCUUCAGCCCCGCAGCGGCCCCGCGGGUCAUGGAAGACGACGAUGAUGACGACGGCGACGGCGUACACAUCGGGAGCCCCGUUUCUCAGUUGGACUUGGCAAUCAGCAAUCCAUCAGGCCCAAUAGUCGACGCAGGCAAUGAGACGUCGUGCACCGUUUUCGCUGGCGUCGGCUCCCAUGAUGAUCAGGUGGCGUCCGGAUUGGAAGCGCUGAUAAGCCAUAGUCGCGGCUCUGAGAUCCACAGCCCUCGCCAGAGCAACGGCAGCUCCUGUAUUGUGCGACAACGGAGCUGGGACCUGCAGAGAGAGGUUCCCAGCGGGGCGGUGGCACGUGGAAAGGUAGAAGGUGAACAAGCCAGGCUGGAAAGCCAAGCAGGUUAUCACCAUGCCGGCGUAAGACAUCCACUAGAUCACGGCGCAGCUUCUGCAGAGCCACCGGCUCCACCACUGCAGCCGCCGCAGCCCUGUCGCCACCUCACUCGUGAUGAGCUGUUGGCGCUGCAUUGCCAGCUGCUAGUUGCAGGACUACCGCCGAAACAGGAUCAGCAGCCCUUAUCUUUAUCACUGCGGCGGCAGUUACAACCGUCCGCGGCGCGGCGUGAGUACGAGCGGCAGCAGCUGCAUCGUCGUCAAGGGGGCCAGCGGUGCAGUCUGGUGCUCACCAGUCGCCGUACGCUGCCACAGGUGCUGCAGCGGGCAGCGGAGCUCGGUCUGCCGCCACCGAGCGUGCUAGUGACAUCCGCAGGCGCAAUGCUCUGGCGUCGCAGCAACCAACACGAGCAGCACCUCGACCUUCACCGCCAGCAUCAGCAGUUCCAGCUGCGUGCCAGCCUGCCAGGUUUACACACCGGCAGGCUGCAAAUGGCUCCCUCCCUCCCCAUUAUAACUGCCAGCUCCAUAUCCCCGGUCCCCGACAUCGGGGAGGGGGAGGAGAAGCGCUUGAAUGUUACCCACAUUGUUAGCGCUGGCGGUAAUGGAAAUGGGAAUGACGGCGGCGACGGCGACGGUGACGUGCUGAGCCUGAGCUGUUCCCGUCGGCGCAGCGCCUUCCACCGCAGUGUUAGCUGGACUGCGGCACCCCCCUUACCGUCAGUGCCGAGCGCUGGCUACGUCGCCGCUGCGGCGGCACCGCCGAGUUGCGGUCCCGGCAACGGCGGCAGCGGUGGUGGCGGCGGAGGAGGAGGAAUAGCACGCGCAGCGGGUGUUCCAAGGCCCCCGCUUCACCGAUGUAGCGAUGGCGGCGGCUUGCCUUCCAAGAGUGCAACACGCGAGGCAGCAGCUGGGCAGUCGCUGCUUUCGAAGCUGGCUGAGGCAGCGGCGGAUUGUGUCCAGCGGAAGAGGUGUGACGCGAGGCUGCAGGAGGGGCUUCGCGCUAGCUGGGGCGGAGCGCCAGCACUCACCGCAGCCACUGUCGGAGCAGUAACGGCAGAGCCGCACAUAUUAGGCGGUCGCAGUCGCCGUGUCAGUGGCGGUCAUGACCAAGGCGUAAGCGCCGGUGGUGCGGUCUGCAGGAGCGCAUUGACGUCAUCGGUCCAUUUCACUGCCGGUGAGGGGCCCGGCGGCAGCAUGUAUGAUGGCUGUUACGGCGGUGCAGGAGGCUUAGGUGGCGGUGCUGGUGUUGGUGCAAGUGCUUGUGGUGACAACGAUGAUUUCGGUGCCGAUGGUGGCGACAUGAUGUUGUGGGUCUGGGAGCCCGAGCCCCGGUGGCACUCCCACGUGCAACGGCCUUGCAGCAUCAUCCGGGGGGCGGUGGAGUGCCGGGCACCCGAGUUCAACGACGAGGUCCGCUUCGCGAUCGAAUCAGCCGCCCAGCACCUGCCCCCGGACGCCUUGGGGCCGCAAUGCGCCUCCACCUACCACCUCGCGCAGGCGAUAAGGCGUAGCCAGGUGGAGGUUUUCCGCAGCCGGGUGGCCCGAGAGCUGAGCAAAUUGUCCAUACCGGUACACAUCGAUGUGGAGGACUUGGAUACAGGUGACCGCGUUCACAAGCCCCGAGCGGACCGCUGCCUGCCUCGGCGCCGCACCACCACCACCAUCGCCGCCGGCGUCGGCGCUGGCACUGACACCACGACGCACCUGCCGCCGGCACGACAAUGGACCCCAGAAAUUCAGCGGCAGCAGCAGCAGCAGCAGCAGCAAGAACAGCAGCAGCAGCAGCAGCAGGCAGUGCGCACAGGAUCCACGUCACAGCGUGGUGCCGACGGCGACGCAGAUGGGGCUAAAGAGGUUGGAAGCGGGGCCAGCGGAUCCGAUGGGGCCGAUGCCGUGGCAGUUGGCAGGCGAAAGGGCAUAACAGACAGUACUGGGGUGUCAUCGGGCACUGAUGGUGUGGGGUUGGGCAUCGGAGGCCCAGCGGCAGGGGUGGAAGGGGCGGUGGCGGUGGCGGCGGCAGCGGGUAGUGGUACUGAUGGCGGCAGGGGUGGCGGCAAAAAUGACCCAUGGGUCCGGCUCCACUUCGUGCCGGCUCAUGCUGCCGCACCGUUGGCUGCUCGAUACGCGCUGCACAACAUCCUAGGUGUAUGUGACCCGGGGAUCACGUCCACCGUCAGCACAGUUGAGGAACUGCGCUGCCUCCUGCAGCUGUAG